AUGGAGUCCAUCAAGCAAGCCGGCAACUACGUCGCUGAGACUGUUCAGUCUGUCACCUCCGGUGCUUCCAAGGAGGCCAACAAGGAGGUUGCCAAGGACGGCAACGUCCCCAUCUCCACUCGUGCCACUGCCGCCAAGGAUGCCGUUGGUGACAAGAUCAACGAGACCGGCCACGACAAGAAGGCUGAUGUGCACAAGGAGGCAAUUUGA